AUGGGCAACGCGGCCGGCAGUGCCGAGCAGCCCGCGGGCCCCGCCACGCCGCCCCCCAAGCAGCCCGUGGCCCCCAAGCAGCCGAUGCCCGCGGCAGGGGAGCUGGAGGAGAGGUUUACCCGGGCGCUGAACUGCAUGAACUUGCCCCCAGACAAGGUGCAGCUGCUGAGCCAGUAUGACAACGAGAAGAAGUGGGAGCUCAUUUGUGACCAGGAGCGGUUUCAAGUCAAGAACCCCCCUGCAGCCUACAUCCAGAAGCUGAAGAGCUACCUGGAUACCGGUGGGGUCAGCCGAAAGGUAGCGACUGAUUGGAUGUCCAACCUGGGGUUUCGGAGGCGUGUUCAGGAGUCCACGCAGGUGCUGCGCGAGCUGGAGACCUCCCUGAGGACAAACCACAUUGGGUGGGUGCAGGAGUUCCUGAAUGACGAGAACCGCGGCCUGGACGUGCUCCUCGAGUACCUGGCCUUUGCCCAGUGCUCCGUCGCGUAUGACAUGGACAGCACUGACAAUGGGGCCCCCAGCCCAGAGAAGAGCAAGCCCCUGGAGCAGUCGGUGGAAGAUCUCAGCAAGGGGCCGCCCUCCUCCGUGCCCAAAAGCCGCCUGACCAUCAAGUGUCCCCCUUCUCCCCGGCUGACCCCGGCCCACAGCAGGAAGACCGUGCGCAACUCCCGCAUCGUCAGCCAGAAGGCUGACGUCCAUGUUUGCAUCAUGUGCUUGCGUGCCAUCAUGAACUACCAGUCUGGCUUCAGCCUCGUGAUGAACCACCCAGCCUGUGUCAAUGAGAUCGCACUGAGCCUCAACAACAAGAACCCUAGAACCAAGGCUCUGGUGCUGGAGCUGCUGGCGGCCGUGUGCCUGGUGCGGGGCGGACACGACAUCAUCCUUUCGGCCUUUGACAACUUUAAGGAGGUGUGUGGGGAGCAGCACCGCUUUGAGAAGCUGAUGGAGUAUUUCCGGAACGAGGACAGCAACAUCGACUUCCUGGUGGCCUGCAUGCAGUUCAUCAACAUCGUGGUGCACUCCGUGGAGAACAUGAAUUUCCGUGUCUUCCUGCAAUAUGAGUUCACCCACCUGGGCCUGGACCUAUACUUGGAGCGGCUCCGCCUCACGGAGAGCGACAAGCUGCAGGUGCAGAUCCAGGCGUACCUGGACAAUGUGUUUGAUGUGGGAGCCCUGCUGGAGGACACGGAGACCAAGAACGCCGUGCUGGAGCACAUGGAGGAACUGCAGGAGCAGGUGGCGCUGCUGACAGCGCGGCUCCGGGACGCUGAAAACGAAUCUAUGGCUAAGAUUGCCGAACUGGAAAAGCAGCUAAGCCAGGCCCGCAAGGAACUGGAGACCCUGCGGGAGCGCUUCAGCGAGUCGACCGCCAUGGGCGUCCCCAGACGUCCCCCCGAGCCUGAGAAAGUGCCUCCCCCCGCCCCAGCGCGGCCCUCUGCGCUCGAGCUGAAGGUGGAGGAGCUGGAGGAGAAGGGGUUAAUCCGUAUCCUGCGGGGGCCUGGGGAUGACGUCUCCAUUGAGAUCCUCCCGGGUGCUGUGGCAACUCCCAGCGUCGGUGAUGCUGCCACUCCGACUCCGGGGGUGCCCGCCGGCUCCCCCAGCCCAGGUCUCCCACCUGCGGCAGAAACAGCUCAGGGAGCAGCGCCGCCGCCCCCGCCGCCACCACCACCACCGCCCCCACUGCCCGGUCUCCCCCAGCAGCGGGAAGCCCCGCCCUUGACGCCCCCUCCGGCCCCGCCCCUCCUGGGCAGCCCCGAGCCCCCGCCCGCGCCGCCGCUGCCGGGAGAUGUGCCGCCCCCACCGCCACCGCCACCGCCGCCUCCUGGCACUGAUGGGCCUGUGCCUCCGCCACCCCCACCGCCUCCGGGAGGUCCCUCGGAUGCCCUUGGAGGGCCUGGCCCCGAGAUGGGCCCAGGAGUGAAGGCCAAGAAACCCAUCCAGACCAAGUUCCGGAUGCCGCUUCUGAACUGGGUGGCCCUGAAGCCCAACCAGAUCACAGGCACCGUGUUCACAGAGCUCAACGAUGAGAAGGUGCUGCAGGAGCUGGACAUGAGCGAGUUUGAGGAGCAGUUCAAGACCAAGUCCCAAGGCCCCAGCUUGGACCUCAGCGCCCUCAAGGGGAAAGCAGCCCAGAAGGCGCCCAGCAAGGCGACGCUCAUUGAGGCCAACCGGGCCAAGAACCUGGCCAUCACCCUGCGCAAGGGCAACCUGGGUGCAGACCGCAUCUGCCAGGCCAUUGAGACGUACGACCUGCAGGCCCUUGGCUUGGACUUCCUGGAGCUGCUGACCCGCUUCCUGCCCACGGAAUACGAGCGCAGCCUCAUUGCCCGCUUCGAGCGGGAGCAGCGGCCGGUGGAGGAGCUGUCGGAGGAGGACCGAUUCAUGCUGCGUUUCAGCCGCAUCCCACGGCUGCCCGAGCGCAUGGCCACGCUCACCUUCCUGGGCAACUUCCCGGACACGGCCCAGCUGCUCAUGCCGCAACUGAAUGCCAUAAUUGCAGCCUCCAUGUCCAUCAAGUCCUCAGAGAAACUCCGCCAGAUCCUGGAGAUUGUGCUGGCCUUUGGCAACUACAUGAACAGCAGCAAGCGUGGUGCAGCCUACGGCUUCCGGCUCCAGAGUCUGGAUGCGCUGCUGGAGAUGAAGUCGACGGACCGCAAGCAGACGCUGCUGCACUACCUGGUGAAAGUCAUUGCCGAGAAGUACCCACAGCUCACGGGCUUCCACAGCGACCUGCACUUUCUGGAUAAGGCGGGCUCAGUGUCCCUGGACAGCGUCCUGGGCGACGUGCGCGCCCUGCAGCGGGGCCUAGAGCUGACGCAGCGCGAGUUCGUGCGGCAGGACGACUGCCUGGUGCUCAAGGAGUUCCUGCGGACCAACUCGCCCACCAUGGACAAGCUGCUGGCGGACAGCAAGACUGCGCAGGAGGCCUACGAGUCAGUGGUGGAGUACUUCGGCGAGAACCCCAAGACCACGGCCCCCUCCACCUUCUUUUCCCUCUUCAGCCGCUUCACCAAAGCCUACAAGAAAGCUGAGCAGGAGGUGGAGCAGUGGAAGAAGGAAGCCGCGGCCCAGGAGGCAGGCGCCGACCCGCAGGGCAGAGGGGAGCCCCCAGCGCCCAAGUCCCCACCCAAGGCUCGGCGACAACAGAUGGACCUCAUCUCUGAGCUGAAACGGAAGCAGCAGAAGGAGCCGCUCAUCUACGAGAGCGACCGUGACGGCGCCAUUGAGGACAUCAUCACAGAUCUGCGGAACCAGCCCUACAUCCGCGCAGACACAGGCCGCCGCAGUGCUCGCCGGCGACCUCCGGGACCCCCCCUGCAGGUCACCACCGACCUCUCCCUAUAGCCGCUGUUUCUGCAGGUGGAUAGUGCAGGGCCUGGUGUGGGUGUGUGUGGGGGGGAUGGGGCUGUGGACAGGCUGAGGCUCCAGACGGUGGCUUUUCCGCGGUCUGCCGGCCCUGGACCCACCUCAAAUGGACCGGAGCCUCCGCUUCUCGCCACAGAGGGCAGCCUCACCGGCCCUUCCCCCAAUGCUACCCGCGGCACUCCCCACCGCCCCUAAGUAGCCACAGUCAGCGGGAGCCGGCCUGUAAAUUAUAAAGUGCACCUCGCCCCCGCCCCCGCCCCAAGGACUCUCCUUGGACCUUAUUUUUAUACAAGAUUA